CUGGAGGGAGAAACAGGAAGGGAGGAGGGGGAGAGAGACUCUGGGCUGCCUCUGCCGCUGCUGCGUGGCAGUUUCUUUACACUCCCUGGCAGCUUGGAGCCGGCUCCCUCGCCGGCCUGGGAAAGUGGGUUACACGGGGAAGGAGCUCAGCUCCGACGCUGGCACAGGAGCAUCCAAGCACAGAGAGACCAGGGAAGCACCUCUGCCUUUGGCAGUCUUCUCCUCAUCCUUUCUAGAGGGUUUUGCAUUUGUACUCUCUGUUGAAAUUUUGUUCCUUGGACUUUUCCCCUCACCCCUGCUAGGAUUUUAUGAGGGCUUUGUUAAGACUUAGAGGGAAAAGAGACUGAGCGAGGUGAAGAGUGGCAAAGUGGAAGGGACCACAAACUGGAGAAGCCCGACCUGCCUGGGCGGUUGAUGACAGCCCGGUGUUAGUAAAGCCCCUUUCCGCGGCGAGCAGCGCGCACAACCUUUGGAGCACCCCGCGGACCCGCACCUCGCCUUGGCCACCAUGGUCGGGAGAGUUCAGCCUGAUCGGAAACAGUUGCCGCUGGUCCUACUGAGAUUGCUCUGCCUUCUUCCCACAGGACUGCCCGUUCGCAGCGUGGAUUUUAACCGAGGCACCGACAACAUCACCGUGAGGCAGGGGGACACGGCCAUCCUCAGAUGUGUUGUAGAAGACAAGAACUCCAAGGUGGCCUGGUUGAACCGUUCUGGUAUCAUUUUUGCUGGACAUGACAAGUGGUCUCUGGAUCCCCGGGUUGAGCUGGAGAAACGCCACUCUCUGGAAUACAGCCUCCGCAUCCAGAAGGUGGAUGUCUAUGAUGAGGGUUCCUACACAUGCUCCGUUCAGACACAGCAUGAGCCCAAGACCUCCCAAGUUUACUUGAUCGUGCAAGUUCCACCAAAGAUCUCCAACAUCUCCUCAGAUGUCACUGUGAAUGAGGGCAGCAAUGUGACCCUGGUCUGUAUGGCCAAUGGCCGCCCUGAACCUGUUAUCACCUGGAGACACCUUACACCAACCGGAAGAGAAUUUGAAGGAGAAGAAGAAUAUCUGGAGAUUCUUGGCAUCACUAGGGAGCAGUCAGGCAAAUACGAGUGCAAAGCUGCCAAUGAGGUCUCCUCAGCGGAUGUCAAACAAGUCAAGGUCACUGUGAACUAUCCUCCCACCAUCACAGAGUCCAAGAGCAAUGAAGCCACCACAGGCCGACAAGCUUCACUCAAAUGCGAGGCCUCUGCAGUACCUGCGCCUGACUUUGAGUGGUACCGGGAUGACACCAGGAUAAACAGCGCCAAUGGCCUUGAGAUCAAGAGCACGGAGGGCCAGUCCUCCCUGACGGUGACCAAUGUCACUGAGGAGCAUUAUGGCAACUAUACCUGUGUGGCUGCCAACAAGCUGGGGGUCACCAAUGCCAGCCUAGUCCUUUUCAAGCGUGUUUUACCCACAAUCCCCCACCCCAUUCAAGAAAUUGGCACCACCGUGCACUUCAAGCAAAAAGGACCUGGGUCGGUGAGAGGAAUAAAUGGAUCCAUCAGUCUGGCCGUACCACUGUGGCUGCUGGCAGCAUCUCUGCUCUGCCUUCUCAGCAAAUGUUAAUAGAAUAAAAAUUUAAAAAUAAUUUAAAAAACACACAAACAUGCGUCACACAGGAUACAGAGAGAGAGAGUGGGAGAGAGAGCGCGCGCGAUGGGGGGAGACUGUUUAUUUCACAACUUUGUGUGUUUAUAAAUGAAGGGGGGAAAUAUGAAAAUGAAGAUGAAAAUACAACAUUGGAAACAAUUUUAAAGUCCAUCAAUAAAAAUUUGGUAUGAUCAGGGUGGGAAAAGCUCUACCAGGAUGUGUGUAUAUCUACUAAGGAAAUGAAUGCCGUGCUAAGGACAUCCAGAUGUUGUAAAAACAGGACAAGUAAAGAAGUACCAGAUGGAGACUGACUCCCCCACGCACACUUAUCCUUCCUUCCUUCAUCCUUCGUCAUCUGUGGGGAAAAAAAUAAGGUCUUGCCUUUGGUGUUAUACUUCCAUAACUUUCUAUUGUGUUUUCCAUUCAAGCUGACCUGUAGCCAUUUCAGACUCUCCGUGGAGUCUUAUGUUCAGCCUUUUAUCAGACUCUCUUGCCUCCGCUAUCUCUCCAACUUUUGAGAUCAUCCCCUCUCCCUCCAGAGUAUUCUAUCUCCCAUGCUCAUUCCAAAUAGUCCCUUUUUGCCCACCCACCCCAACUCUCUUCACCCCCUCCAAUCCCCCCUGAGCACCAAUCACGCCGCAAAUGCUAGGAAGUGCCAUUUUAAUUUUCUCCACUGUGUGCGUGUUGCUCAAGUCUCUCCCUCUCACGUGGGUGUACAUGUGUGUGAGCGUGUGUGUGUCUCUCUCUAAAGCAUGCCAAGGGAAUGGUCCAUGUGUACAUAGACUCAUCGUGCUGUAGAUACUGUCCUGCAUUGUAAUUGUGAGAUGCGGCUGUAACCAGUUGCUGGGGGAGAUGGCAGGGAGGGAGGCAAGGAGCAGAGGCCCUCCCCAGUCCACGCCUGUCACAUGACAUCAGUGUGUAUUCAAACCAAGCUGUGCCCCUUCCAAGGGCAGGACCCCAUAUUCCUCCCAAUCCCAUCAUCAGAACCUAGUCAGGAGUCACUCAGAAUAUCACUGUAAAUGAAAGUGCCUACCAUUGAUGGGGUGAGCAAACAGUGGGAAAAAAACAAUUAGUGAUGGGGAUGAAAUGGCCUAGGAGAGAAGGUUUCUGAUUUCACUCUUAUUGCAUAAGUUUGAGGGUUUCAGAUGUUUUCCAGUGUUUAACAGGCUGAGCCCUGCUCUGCUGCAGGGCUGAGCAACAUAUAUUGAGCAAAUCCCCAGAAACAGAAAGGUCUCAAGUGUUAUCUCCUAUCUGGAGAAUGAUAAGCCACAUGGAGAUCCUAAGCAAUCCUGUUUUGCCUCCUCCCUAACCUUCAAAUAACACUGCAUUUGCCCCAUGGAUCCCCCUGAGCAGAGAUUGUUUCCUCUUUCAGAUCAAUACAGUGAGAGUGAGCAAAAUAGGCAAAGUAGACAGAUGCCCAAGUCCCAUCCCAUGUUCUGAAGAUACUGUCAGAACAUUAAGAAAAAGCAUCGGCUAUACCAAAAGGGAAUUCACUCCUUAAGAUCCUUUGCAGAUUUUUGUUCUGAUGUUCUUGGCUAACUCUUGAUUUGGCCAUGCAUGUCAUCCCCCUGCUGCUGUUCUACUGAUAUCUGUAGGACCACACUUUUUUUUUUUUUUUUUGGUACCAAGGAUUGAACCCAGAGACACUUAACCCUGAGCCACAUCCCCAGCCCUUUUAUUAUAUUUUAUUUAGAGACAGGGUCUCACUGAGUUGCUGAGGCUGGCUUUGAACCCCCAAUCCUCCUGCAUCAGUGUCCCAAGCCGCUGGGAUUACAGGUGUGUGCCACUGUGCCUGGCUGUAGCACCACUCUUCUUGAUGAUUCAUCAUUAUCCUAGACCAGACCACUAGAAAUUGCAUUAUAUUCACCUUUCCUGCUCUAUUUAAAUUUAUGUCUCUGAGAAUCAUCUUGAUAUUCACACUGAAAUAAGAGCUCAUUCCUUCACCAGAAGAUCUGAGCAACUUGUAAUUAAUUUAGGCAGAAAUUGUCUGAAUACCACAAAGCUUGGCAUUACCGCAUCACCAUAGAUCUUACAGGGAGAGCUGGCACUCUGCAUAUAGACUUCUUUGUCUACAUGAAACCAACUGCUGCUCUGUUAGACUACAGGAUGUACUGGAAAUGGUCAGCUCAUGACGGGGAAGAGGAUUAUUGUUGAGGUCAUUAUUGAAAGUAAUUUCACAGAACAAAUGUGGCAGCUCAUCAAGUUUUCAAAUCUUGAUAAUAGCUGAGACAUGAUAUUAAAUGAAAAACUUUAUUAGCAGAAAGAGGAAGGAAGGAAAGAGAGAAGUAGGAGAGAGAUGGAAGGAAGAAAAGAAGGGAGGGAGGGGCAGAUCUGAGAAGUAUUUAAAAAUCUCUUCUAGGUGGUUCUAUGGUUUGUUUUGGAUGCAUAUCACAUUCUUCUUUUAGGAUUUUGCUGUUUAGAAUUGAAAACAGAGGACAAAUUUGACAUGGCAGUAAGAGUACUUAUGGCAGAUCAUGAGAUAGGGCAGAAAUUCUUAUCCAAGAAGGCAGCUAGUCAAACACAGGGAAAGCGAGCCAUACUCCUAUGCAGCAUCAAUUUAUUGACAAUCAGGGAUUUCUCUAACAGUUUGGUCUUCUUUGUACAGGAACAAAGGUUAUUAUUACCUUUGAUGGUUGAAGAAGCUGUCAUACCCUUAAGUAGAAACCAAGAGAGCACAUGGUGAUUUAAAGAUACAGGAAGAUAAAAAGAGCAGGAAUUGAUUUCAGUACCAUUCAUUAUCAGUUUCAGGAACAGAGCCUGUGGCAUGUUACAAGCUUUAAUGCACAGCAGGCCUUUUUACUGUUUCUAUCUUAUCAUAAGGACCAGGUUAGUGGAAGGAGCAUGUCCAUUGGAAGAAAUGUCUUGGCCAUUGCUCUCUUGGUUUUUACAUGGUGGACCAUAAAUUAAACAUACAUUUUCAAAAUAUGGUAUUUGCCCAUAUCUAGCAGGAUCUGGGAUUUGAAAAAAAAUUUUCUACUUGCUCCUCUUUCAUCACUGGCCCUAGAAAUCUCAUAAGUUUAAGAAUUUCUCUAAGUAAUGUGGGGAAUGGAGGGAAAGAUAGCUUGGAGAAAGGUCUCAACAGAAGACUUCUUGGAAUUGAGUUCAUCAUAUUGCCAUAACUUCUACCCCCAGCCCGCAGCAUCUUGUCCUUUGAUAAUCAAAGCACUGAAAAACACCAACUAUUUGGAAAUACCAUAUUGAGAGAAGUGGAAAGCAUCUAAUAAUGUUAAUGGCCAAUACGUUUUGCAUGCUUUUCAUACAAAGUGAAACUCUACCAUUCACAAAGUAAGAUCCUUAGCCCCAACUUUCAGUGAUGUGGAUAUUACCUUGACCCAGGGACUUCUUGAAGGAUGAGAACUAGCCUAGGUUUCACAACUGCAGAAUUGUAAAUUAGACUCUGUUCAAUUCUUCAUCAAGAGGCCUUGCUUUAUUGGAGGACUUUUUUGUUUUUGUUUGUUUAAGAUAUAAAAUCCCUCUGUCCUAAAAGAACUAAGGCAUAUGGAAAAGUGGAUGUGUUUUCUGUUGGGAAGGAUUGUUCUAUUGGCCUUUUCCAGAAGAAUUCUUGAACUUGAACUCUCCCUUACUAUGGGCUUUUUAAAUUAUUAUUAUUAUGUGAUCAGACAACUGGGGCUAUUUAUAGAGACCUUGUAAAAGUACUCGUGAUUUUCAUGUUCUUGGAGGGCAGAAACAAAAAUCUGUUUCACCUCCAAAAAUGGACUUACCUCCUUUGCACAUAAAGACAAAACUCCUCAGCAUGAAAUGAUUUGAGUUGUUACCCACCAAGUUGUUAACCUUCUUAUCUAGAGUUGCAGGCACAACCCUGAACUGAUUAGGGCUCCACCAUUUCUCUGGGCUUGUCUCCCUGAAUUCCUCAUUUUGUUCUUUGCAGGCUUUGAAUUAUUUGUGGAAAAAUAAUAUAUGUGUGUAUGUAUUUUUUUUAAUCUUAUCUUUACAGAUGCUAUAUUUACAAUAAUGUAUGUAUUAUAAGAAAAAUUUAGAAUAACAGCUUAAACUUAAAAGAAGAAAGUGCAGAAUUUGGUUUAUUUAAAGAAAAAAAUAGCUAUGUUUCAUAAGGAAAGACAUGGAGCCCCAUUUUUUCCCACUUUUAAAUUGUUUGCUGACAGAUCAAAUACUAUGGGAAUAACCAGGUCCUCAUUUUUUUUUUCUUCAUCUUCGUAAGCUUUUAGCCUGGAUUGAGUCUUGGUCCCCAGUAAGUAUCAAUUUCUACAGCGAGUAUAAUGCUGUAACUGGCCUAAAAACUAUUAAACAUUUGAAGACAAAUUAGCAGACCACAAAAAUAGUGAGAUAAGACCCUGAGUUAAGAAGCACAAAUCUAGUUUAGGAAACCCCAUUCUUUCUUCAGUAUUUAAAAUAUUUCUCCUCCAAAGACCAAUUGCCCCUGUAAUGUAAAUUUUCCAUCAUGGUUGGCACCCUAUCCAUAAACAUCUCACUAAAUGCAAAAUGGAGUUUACAUUUAUGUGCAUACUAGUGGAGGAGAAGUAAACUAUUCUCAUUUGCAUUUAGCUAUGCUGUUCAAAUGUCGCCAACUGAAAUUCAAAAAAGAAUUUGUUUUCACCAGGCAAAGUACAUCACUUUCCUCUUGGCAAGGAAGCUGGUGUUAACAUUAGGUUUAGGUUUAACAUUUACACCAGCGAAAUGUUUAUGGAUAUUGUGGGAAACGUAUUUUAAAAUCUUGAUUUCUUUUCAGCGCAUUUACAUACUGUGUGCUGAUUAAUAAAUUAGGGACCAAUCAUGUGUAAAUCAAUGUAAAUCACUAGUUUAUGUACAUAAUACAAACGAUGUAAACUUCAUUUUUCAUGCAGAGGCCAAGUUCAGUUAAACCCAUAAAUCUUAAAGGAAAAAAAAAUCAAAUAAAGUAAAAGCAAAGCAUGUCACAGGUCAAAAUGGGAAGAAGGAGGAACAGAAUGCCCAAACGCAAGGUUGUCUCAGCCAAAGAAAGUAGAGGACAGGGGCACCUACAGGUUUCCAUGACGAUGCAGUCACAGUUAAGGGUUACCUCCUUGUUCCUUCAAGACAUAAGUGCAGAUUCUCCCAGCUGCAGCUGUCACCAUCAUUUUCUCACGGGAUCCCCCAGCAAGGGAGUAAAGAGUAAGAGAGUGUUUGGGGGCUCCUGUGCCUAUUCCAUCAGCUCUCAGGCAUCUGGUUAUUUCUCCCUCACCCCAAAUCCAAGGAAGUCAGCCAUACCUUGGUGAGCACAAUACUACCCAGUUUCUGUUACCCACUCAACAAAAGCAUUGGGAAAGCUUCUCCGUCAUCUGAAUUCUAAUAAAUUGUUAGGUAGAAGAAAUAGGUGACAUCCUUGAGAAAUAUCUCGCUGAGUCAUCUUCGAAAAAAUAACUGCCUUUGCUUUAUCUAAUACUCUUGUGUUCCAACACAUCUAUACUGAAUUCUACAAAUAAGAAACAGAAUCACUUCAUUUUGAAGUUUCUCUCUCAGGCAUUAUCUCUUACAGGCUUUCUGAUGUGCCUGAUGUGUUUAACAGAAUUAUAUAUAUAUAUAUAAUAUCCCUGUCCUAUAAUCUGAACAAUUGGUAGAUUACAGGUCUAAAAAAAAAAAAAAAAAAAAAUAUGACUUCAGGAACCACAUGAAUGUUCUACCAGGACUGUUCUUGAAAGAAAUUUAGGUCACAUUAACAUGAGACUUAAAGUGCUCUCCGCCACCUAAGAUAAGUGAUAACUUGAACGUGGAGGUGUAUUGGAUUGGGAGUCAGGAAAAUUGGGCUGUAAACCGAGGCCUAGUCAUAAAAGAGCUGUAUGACACUAGCAAGCCUUUUAACUUUCCUGAAUCUUGGUCUUCUCACCCUGAAAGUGAGGUAUUUGAAUGACAUCUUUAGAAUCCCUUUUGCCUCUAAACUUGGAUCCUGAAUAAGAAUUUAAUACUCAGUGCUGUGCUCACCUAACCGUUCAUUCUAAGCUGCUGUUUGUCAUCUCCAGUUUGAUCUCAUAACCUUCAUCCUAGCAACUCCAUUUCAAAAUCUAAAACUUUCUAGGGAACAGGGUCUCGGGACUGACUCUAUAAUUCUCUUCUGACCAAAACUUCUUAGUAAUCUAGAGAGGUGAUAUAUUCAGAAUAAACUGAGGGCUUUGAAAUAGCUAGGGCUGUUUCCUUGUUUAUAAUAUUAUAAAAUCUAACUGUUGAACUAUAUCCUAAUGACCUUUCAUAGGAAGGAAAAUAGCCAGAUUGGGCAUUAUGCAUGUAACAAAUGAGGAAGUUGUGCAUAUGAAAGGAAACAUCGGUUUUCUUUCAUCCUGGGCCAAGCGCCUCAUUAUAGUAAAUGUGUGUCCUUGGAAACUCUUGGCUUGUGCUGAUGGCAGUAAGCAUGUGGUCUGAGGCAAGUUCAAUAGGCUGGUCUGUGAGAAACAGACAAGACAAUACAUUUUGUUUGGGAGAGAAUUUCUCAUGGGAUGAGUUUCCUGAACUUGAGUUACAAGCUGUGAAAUCAGGCAGGUGGAUGGAGAGCAAAAGGCCUUGUUUUUUAAAAAGUGCAGGUCUGUGCUGUUUAAAGAAGAUAACCUGAAAAUAAGACCAAAAUAAACACAUUUUGAAAGGCCACGGUUGAAGACACAAAAAGCUGUCGUAAAAGCUGAAAUCAAAUGUGAAAGUCAAGCUCUCUGCGAAGAGGUUUUACAGGAAGGAUGGUUUUUGAGGCAGUGAAGGAGGAAUUAUUUUCUUGUGCCAUGUUGUGGGGUGGACUGAGCAUAGCCUCACUUAUCCCAAGCUAUCCUAGACGCUCAGUUUAGCAUCUGUCCAAAGCAAUCUUUUCAUUUAAUGCCUGAAAGAACUGAAGGAAUUUGAGUGUCCAGGCACUGAAGAGCAGGAUUUAUUCAUGAUUUUCCAAGUGAUGCACUAACAUCACUUGGUGUAGCUAAGGGUGGACCAGGGCUUAAGGUACUCAUGACGCUCUCUUGAAGUGGGAAUAACCCCCAUCCCCCACCCCUGCUCCCAUCCCUUGGCCCACAGGACAACUUCCCAUUUCCACAGUUAUGUCACAGUUACCUCUUUUGGGUGGUGCUCCUGAAUCCACUCCUACAGCUACAUUCUUCUUUGAAUAAGCCCUCUCUAUGUAAAGCCAGGCACAGUAAAAAUCUGCUUCUUGCAAAUGAAGAAAACAUUUGGAACCACUAGCUUCAGGCACUGAUCCCAGGAUAUUAGGAGUCUUUUAUGAACCCACUUCCCUAAGUCUUGAGAAUGUGAAUGGUUUCUUCCUGGCAAGUUGUGGCCAAGUUCUGCUCCCUAAGUAUUUACCGGGAGUGAGGAGGCUGAAGGGAGGAGGUUGCAGGGGGAGAGAAGCAGAGGACACCUCCAGCCUCUUCUCCCCACCCUGCUUCAUCCUUUCCUUCUCUCUGCUCUCCUGAAGGGUGUAAAAAUCCUGCUCUUGGUUAGAAUUCUCCUUAUUAACAGUGUUAUAUACAUAUAAAUAUAUAUAUAUAAAUAUAUUCCUUUUUUCAGCCCUGUAGACAUGAACUGAUAUUCCCUUGAUGAUACAAACACAUGGCCAUUUUUUGGUUUGGGUUUUUUGUUGCUCAAGGUAUUUUAUUUUUGUUUAUUGGGUGGAUUUUUUUCCCUGGAUACUAGCUCUGUGAAGGAAAAUAAAAAGCGCAGUUGUGUGUUAAAAAAAAAAUUAAAAUUAAAAAAAGCUUUUUUUUUCUUUUCUUUUUAAAUGUAUUUAAAUUCUGUUUCUCUCUUCUGUUACUUUACACGUAUGAAUGCUCUGCUCUUCUGUGAACUUAAAACAAAAUGAAAUAAACGUGAAAAGGAGAUGUG